AUGGUCGACCGUGGCGAGGUCGCGAUGUCGCGUGUGCCAAUUCUGGUGAUCCUGGGUGCCACCGGAUGCGGAAAGUCGCGGCUGGGCAUCGAGCUGGCGCGCCGCUUCGCCGGGGAGAUCGUCUCGGCUGACAGCAUGCAGGUGUACAAAGGCCUGGACAUCGUUACCGCGAAGGUGACCCCGGCGGAAAGAAAGGCGGCGCCGCAUCACAUGCUGGACAUCGUGGAUCCGCUGACCAACUUCUCCGUAAUCGACUUCAGGGACAUGGCCCUACCGAUCAUAGACAACCUGCUGGCCAGAAGAAAACUGCCGAUCGUCGUCGGUGGUACGAACUAUUACAUAGAAUCACUGCUAUGGGAGAUCCUUAUAAAUGAUCCGACGGAACCGCCGGUGCAAGUCGAUUCAGGCGCGACCAAUCCGAGCGCGUCGAUCGAGAACAGAUCGGACGAUCGAUAUAAUGUACAAGUUGAUCGACUGAAUGACGGUGACGAUGACGAUGACGAGACGGCGCCGAAGAAGUUGAAAUUCGACGGCAGCAACGAGGAGCUACACCGAAGAUUGAUGGAGAUCGAUCCGGAGAUGGCGUGCAAAUUACAUCCCAACAACAGGCGGAAAAUCAUAAGAUCCUUAGAGGUUUUCCACCAACAUGGAAAAACGCAUUCCGAGCUUCUGAAAGCUCAACGCAACGCCGGUGGCUGUGGAUUAGGGGGACCUCUGAGAUACCCGAAUUCUAUUAUCCUGUGGCUACACUGCAAUAAGAAGGUCCUCGACGGCAGACUGAACGACAGGGUCGACGGCAUGAUGGAGGCCGGUUUGGUGCAGGAACUACUCGACUUUCAUCGCAGAUACAACGAGCAGCGGAUUAAGUCCAACACGUCACCCGAUUACACGAAAGGCAUCUUCCAGAGCAUCGGCUUCAAGGAGUUUCACACUUACCUCAUACAGGCCGAGAAGGAACGCGCAAGCGAAGAGGGGAAAAAAUUAUUACAACAAGGAAUCGACGAUUUAAAACUUGUCACUAGGAGAUACGCAAGGAAACAAAAUAAAUGGGUGAUGAACCGACUAAUUCGACGUGGUGAUCGACAGGUUCCCCCUGUUUAUUCUUUAGAUUGCACCGACGUGACAAACUGGAACAGUCGCGUCUUAGAACCUGCAGCAGCAAUUAUUUCCGCAAUAUUGCGCGGCGCAAAACCCGAGCAGCGACCACUAAACGAGAAUUUCGAGCACCAAAAGACCACCGAUAGUAGUACAAAUAUAUAUAACUAUUGCAAGGUAUGUGAGAGAGUAUUUGUUGAAGAACAUCAAUGGCAGGCUCAUUUGGAAGGUGCGAAACACAUGAAAGUCUUGAAAAAGAAGAAAAAAAUAACUGAAGCUGCACAAUCUCAAGAAAAUCAAUUGACUAGCUCGUGACAAAUAAUAGUUUCGCUGUGGCAUUGCACGAACGUUCGUUUCUUGCGUAUACCAAGGCAUUGGAACUGUGAUUAUUUGAAUUGUAUUUUAUUAAUAAUUAUUAUGUAAAUAAUUUAAAAAAAUAAACUUAUUUUUAAUUUAA